AUGAAAAACCUUUGGCAAGGUUUAGUUGACGGAUUUUCCACUGCACCAGUGUAUUCACCGUUGGUUGAAGAUCUCAAGAGAUGGAUCAUGUUGGAUUCAAAGCGAAGAAUAAAUUUUGAAACAGCAAUUCAAACUGCGCGUUCAUCCAACGCAGAAGAAAUAAAGGAUAUCGAUUGCCUUGAGGAUUAUCUUCGAUUCGUGGAUGAACAACUCCACUGGAUACCAACUGAAGCUGUACGACCCAAGGAUAUGCUGUUCCGACUUCGCAAAAUGUGGUUCAUUCUGGAUCAACCCUCUAUUGCAAUCUAUCAGAGUCCCAUUUCCCCAGAUCCCCAGUCACAACUGAAGCAACCAGACCGACUUGCCUGGUUAUCCCGCUGGAUGGUGCAAUUCAGCAACGAAUUAGGAGAGUUCAUGGAUUCACCUGCGUCUGCAGCUGCGCUAGAUACCUUCAAGUCAAAUCCGGCGUACAAUAUUGAAGACUAUCUUGAGCCCCGACAGGGGUGGAGGACCUUUAACGAGUUUUUCUGUCGAACUCUCAAACCUGGGCGACGACCUAUUAGCUCUAUAGGAGACAACUCGGUUUUGACUAGUCCUGCGGAUUUUCAGUUCAAAGAACUUCACUAUAUCUCGGAACACUCUACGAUCACCACAAAAGGGUUAACAUGGCAUAUUAGCCAAAUACUUGCCGAGUCCCCGUACAAAGACUAUUUCUCCCAAGGGGUAUGGAUGCAUGGGUUCCUAAAUGUGGAUGAUUAUCAUCGCGUACACACCCCCGUCAGCGGUACUGUGCUUGAAGCACGAAUCAUCAUGGGCCAAAAUUAUAUGAAAAUACAGGCCUCAAGUCCCUCAAAAGCGGACACAACCGAUCAGAAUGGAAGUGUGCUUGAUAUUCCCAAUGAAACGGGGUAUCAAUUUUGCCAGGCAAGAGGGCUGAUUGUAUUAAACACGGGACUUGGUUUCGUAGCCGUUCUCCCAGUGGGCAUGGCAACCGUAUCAUCUGUCGUUCUGACCGCAGAAGUGGGUGUGAGAUUGCACAAAGGGGAAGAACUAGCAUAUUUUCAAUUUGGGGGAUCCGAUGUUGUUUUAAUUUUUGACGCUCAAUUAAAGGCUGAGAUUACAAUGCAACCCGGACAUCACUACCGGAUGGGCACCGAGAUUGGGAGAAUGAAGGUAGAGGGAGUAUAUGGACAAGCAAUAAAGACGAGCCAAUAA